UUUAAUUUCAUUUUUUACUUUAUAUUGACAGGUACGAUUUAGUAUGCUGGAAAUUUAUAAUGAAAUUGUUCGCGAUCUGCUGAAUCCCACACAAGAUAGGAAAAGAGGUUUAAAAGUUCGAGAACAUCCAAAGAAAGGAUUUUAUGCGGAAGGUUUGAAGACAUUUUUGGUGACACAACAUAAAGACAUAGAGAGCAGAAUCGACGAAGGGACGACAAAUAGGAGUAUAGCUUCAACUAAUAUGAAUGCCACCAGCAGUCGAGCUCAUACUAUUGUUGGAAUUACUCUGAUACAAAAAACAAAAAGAAACGAAUUUGAAACUUCAAAAACUUCAGUAGUUAACUUAGUUGAUUUGGCAGGAAGUGAAAGAGUAGCAACGACGGGAGCUACUGGAGAUAGACUUAAAGAAAGUGCAGCCAUUAACCAAUCCCUAUCUUGUUUGGGAAAAUGCAUACACGCAUUGGCCGAGAGAGCGGGUGGUAAAAAUGUUAGAGUGCCUUACCGAGAAUCUGUGUUAACCAGACUUUUGAUGAAUGCUCUUGGUGGAAACAGUAAAACAAUUAUGAUAGCCGCCAUCAGUCCAGCCGAUAUUAACUACGAAGAAACCUUUUCUACUCUUCGAUACGCCGAUCGUGCCAAACAAAUUAAAACGGUUGCUAUUAUUAACGAAGAUCCUACAGAAAAACUCAUAAGAGAACUUCGAGAGGAAAAUGAGAAGUUGAAAAGGAUGUUAGAGAAAGGAGCUGUAGAUAUACCGGUUGGUCCAGGAAUGACAAAAGAAGAAAUCGCGAGAUUAAAAAAGAAAUGGGAAGAAGAGAUGAAGGCAGCUAUGGCCGAAAAUAAUCGAGAAAUCAAAGAAAUUAAACAGAGUUACGAUGAAAAGUUAGAUGCUGCUAAACGACAUCAAGAAGUACAAGAAGAAGAAAAGCUAAAGUUGGAGGAAGAAAAGAAGAAAUAUCCUCAUCUCGCUAAUCUUAAUUUUGAUCCUCAACUUUCGGGUAAAAUUGUUCACAUAUUAAAAUUCGGAGAUAAUGUGGUUGGAAAAGGAGAUGUGGAUAUCGUUUUACUUGGACCCAGUAUUCAGCCAGAGCACGCACUAAUAAGAGUACAAACGUAUGGGGGUGUAACUUUAGAAAAGUGUACCAAUGAUGCUAGGGUCUUAAUAAAUGGCGAUUCCGUUUCUAACAAAAUUUCUUUACAACAUAAUGAUAGGAUAAUGUUUGGCACUACCCAAUUGUACAUAUUUGUAAAUCCGGAAGAAAGAAACAAAUCAAAUAAAAAAUAUCCCGAAAUAACUUACGAAAUAGCGCAAGAAGAAAUCGCCAUCAAAGCCGGAAUCAAUAUGGCUUCAGAAGAUAAUUCUCGUGAAACUGCCUUGCUAAACAAAGAUUUGUUAGAAGUGCUUCCUGGUGUCGAAGAAGCUAAUGCCAUAAGUGAAGAAUUAGACAAAAGGGUUAAAUUUGAAAUUUUACUGAUAGCUCCUCAACUACUUGGUAAACUAACGGGAAGAACGGAGGUAUAUGUAAAAAUGCGAAAUUUAGAGACUUCGCAAGAAUUCGAAUGGCCAAAAGAAAAAUUUUUGAAUCGUCUCUAUGUGAUGAAAGAAAUGUAUCAAAAUUACGAAAUGGGUGAAGAAGAAUGGGAUUUACCUCCUGAACGUGAUCCAUUUCUAGAAGAUCCAGAAACUGAUGUACGCAUUGGCAAUGUACAAGUUUAUCUGCAACCUUUAGCUUAUUUGGUAGAAUUAAAAGAGCAAUUAGAGAUAAUAGAUUAUAAAGGAUCUGAAGUUGGAAUGAUGAAUGUCGAAAUAAUGCCUUGUUCCCCAGAAGGACUAGAAUAUACGGAAAACGACGAUAUGUUCAUAGAUAAUCCAUUGGAAUUAAUCGAAAGAGAUUUACAUUUUAUUUUUAAAAUUCACGGAUGUAGAGGUUUGCCAACGAGAUUCACAGAUAUACACUGCCGAUAUAGAGUAUAUUUAGAUAAAGAAGAUACAGUCACCGAAGUCAUCAGCGAUACUUCCAACCCGGAUUUUAAUCAUAAAAAAUUAUUUUCCUUUCAUCCAGUCACGCCUCAAAUGAUAGAUUAUAUUCAAGAUGGAUACAUUACGGUACAGGUGUGGGGUAAACAGAAACCAAGAAAAUCGGCCAUGGCUAAGGCAAAAGGAAAAAGUACAAAGCAAAUGUUUCAAGCUGAUUUAAUGAACCAAGCUAACAAUCUAAUGAAUGGAUUUAGGAUAAAUGGAAGGACAGUCGAUCCAAAUAAACAAAGCAUAAUAGUUGAAUUAUUAUUGAUGAAGAAACAACAAUCUAGACUUCAUCAACGAUUGGCAAAUAUACGAAGAUUAGUAGAAGAAUCUGAGAAAUAUAAACGAAGAUAUGUAUCAGUAGGAUUAGUUAAAGAGCUUUUAUAUACAGCUACUCCAGAAAUCGCUGAAGAACUUUUAGCCAAUAUUCCAGAUGAAUUUAACAGAGUUGAAGGAUCUUCAAUGUGUAAACUGCUAUAGAAUAUAAUUAUAUUCUCAAUUAAAUCUGUCCAUAAUAAUAAUAAUGAUGAUAAACUGGUACAAGUGUCUUAUAUUGCAUUUUGUACUAU